CUGAAUUCUCUCUCUCUCACACAUUUUGGAUAUUACUUCGAAUUUCUCACAAUUUCCAGGCUAAAGGAUCAAGCUGAAACCCUAAUUAAGAACAAUAAUCAUCUCAAUUCACAUAUUCUUUCUGAAUCCGCUUGCGCGCCACUAGAAUUCGAGUUCGGGUGAUGGUUUCUGUCCGUUCGCAAGUUGUUGAGUGAUUUGCAGUCGAAGAAAUCGCGUAAUUUGGAUAUAUUGAGAAAAAAAGUUGAUACAGCUUCCUCCCAGCUCGGUCUCUAGCUACGUUAAGUACUCCGUCUCCGGCGAAGCAACGUUAUAACCUAUUCCGGCUAGGAAAUUCGAAUUUCAAAGCAGAGCCUGUUUGAGGGAAGGUUCUGAGAUUACCGGUCUGCAUAUAACAUAAAGGAGCGUAAUAAAAGGGUCUAUACUGUUCUCUGCACAUAGCAAUAUCCAGAGUGCUCUUAAUGAUUGUCAUCAGUACUGAAGGAAUGCAGCUACACUAAUAAGUCUCUCUCUCAGCCCUAAUUUAUAAGAUGAACACUUGUGGGGACUGAGAGCAAUGUUCUUGGUCCCCAGGAAAUGAGUGGGACUCUGAGUCAUUUUAUAAGCAGGGACAAUGAGCUGCAGCAACCUCCAUACUGUAUUUCUGGGAUUUCCGCCUCAUCACUUUCAGGACAGAAGAAGGAAUAGAAAUUUAGUCAAUGUGGACAAGCUGGAAAGAAAGAGAAGAAGGGAUUUUCGACAUUGUGCUUGUGCUAGAAAUAAUCACUGGCUUACCAAUGGGAUCAGAUUCUCACAAUUUUCUGAGCAGAAUAUAGAGCCAUUGUGGAAGAAUAUAAGAUUUAGAAGCGGUGCCAUUCUGAACUGCGUUAAAGGAAGUUUUUCUGGCAGUAAAGCUCUUGUUAGAUCGUUGAAUCCAUUGUUGGAAGAAGGGUUGUUUCUAAUCAGAUGCUCUGUUUUCUUUGCUGUAAUAUCUGGAGUUUGUCUCUUAGUAUGGUAUGGGAAAGCAAAAGCCAAGAGUUUUAUUGAAACCAAGCUCUUACCAUCUGUUUGUUCAGUAAUAAGUGAACAGAUUCAGCGUGAGGUUGAUUUUGGCAAGGUUAAACGGGUUUCUCUUCUAAGCAUAACUUUAGAGUCUUGUUCAAUUGGUCCUCAUGUUGAGGAAUUCUCAUGCGGUGAAGUCCCGACUGUAAAGCUCCGCAUUCUUCCCUUUGCUAGUCUGAAGAGGGGGAAAAUUGUGCUUGAUGCAGUUCUCUAUAAUCCCAGUUUGUUGGUUGCACAACAAAGGAAUUACACCUGGCUAGGAAUCCCAUUUAUUGAAGGUUCUCUGCAGAGACAUGUCUCAACAGAAGAAGGUAUUGACCAUCGCACAAAAAUAAGGAGGAUUGCCAGAGAAGAAGUAGCUACUGGUUAUGAUCAAGAGAGGGACAAUGCAGCUAUUGAAGCUGCAAAGGCGGGUUACACGAUUCCUGAGACAUAUCCUACUACAUCCGAGCUUAAUCUUUUAAAAGAAAAUGUUAAUCGUUUUACAGGCCUUCCAGCUGUAGAAUCAUUUUUUUGUAUGAAUGAACAAAUGCAUUGGCGAGAUCAUCACUCUAUGGAUGCAGGUGUUGAAUAUGAUUUGAAGCAUGCAGAUUUAGAGAAAUCCUUUGGUGUAAAGGCUCCUGGUGGUUCAGUGUUCAAAUUCUGGUCAAAGCUUGUACCGGUAUCUGUAAGGAAAAAGUUCAAGAGGGGAGCUAAUGGAAAAGAUUUGUCUGUAGCUGGUAUCACAUCCAAAAGAAGAUUAUUGGAACGAAGUGCAUCUAAAGCAAGUUUAUAUUUCUCGGCAAAAUCCAAACAAGGAUCUGAUGAUUUCAAAAUGUCUAGCAUGGAGACAACAAUUGAAAAUGAGGGUAAAAAGUUUCAUACAGAGCAUAUGACAGCUCAUAUUGAAGGGGAGAAGAGUGCUGAAAGUGUUGACAAUAUUGGUAGAGGAAACAAAAGAGAUAUCUCAGUAUAUGGAGAUUCUGUUAACACCACCAAUCUUUUACUACACCCCUUCAUUGAUUCUAUAAAUAAACUAAAUGCAGUUAGAAGUUUCAACGAAAGAUACCCAGCUGUAAUAGAAGUAAUGGAAGCUGGAAGACCCGUUGAUAUUGGUCUAGGUGAUAAAGAAUCUGCAGAUGAUAGUAGAAAUGUGGAUGGUAAGGAUAAUACCCAAAGUUUGGGAGAUCAGGCGGCGAAGUCUGCUGUUGACAUGUCACGGAGUCAAGAAGAUACAUCGAUCACAAAUCCUGAGUCUAUCUCAAAUCAUAAUUCUAUCACCAUUGGGCCAUUUAGCAUUAACCUUGGAUUUGCUUAUCUUUCUAAAAACUUGAGGGAGGUAUGGUCUUAUUAUCUGGCUGAUCCUAUUAUGAGACUGAAGUCAGAGAUGGCUCCAAAAGUUGAAGAUAUUGUUGCAGAACUUACUGAAGGGGUAGAUCAGGAGCAGGCUUUAGGCAUUGAUAAGAUGCUUCCUGUUACUCUCGAUUCUGUUUAUUUCAAAGACGGGACACUUAUGCUUCUUGCAUAUGGUGACAAAGAAGCCAGGGUGAUGGAACAUGUGGAUGGACAUGUGAAAUUUCAAAAGCACUAUGGUCGCAUACAUGUACAGCUAAGUGGAUUUUGCAGUAUGUGGAGAUCAUCCGAGCCAUCUGAAGAUGGUGGUUGGCUUUCUGCUGAUGUUUUUGUUGAUAUCUUUGAGCAGAAAUGGCAUGCCAAUUUAAAAGUCAUGAAUUUGUUUGCCCCGCUUUUUGAAAGGAUCUUGGAAAUUCCAAUUAUGUGGUCGAAGGGAAGAGCUAGCGGUGAGGUCCACAUCUGCAUGACAGGUGCAGAAACUUUUCCCAAUCUUCAUGGACAGCUUGAUGUGACAGGGUUGGACUUUCAAAUUUAUGACGCUCCAUCCAGCUUUUCUAAUAUGUCAGCAAGUUUAUGCUUCCGUGGUCAGCGCAUAUUCUUGCACAAUACCAGUGGCUGGUUUGGGUCUGUUCCUUUAGAAGCUUCUGGGGAUUUUGGCAUUCAUCCAGAGGAAGGGGAAUUUCAUCUUAUGUGUCAGGUUCCUCAUGUUGAAGUGAAUUCCUUGAUGAGGACUUUUAAGAUGAAGCCAUUGGUUUUCCCUGUUGCUGGUUCUAUAACUGCCGUCUUCAACUGUCAAGGGCCCCUGGAUGCUCCUGUUUUUGUGGGCAGUGGUCUAGUGUCAAGGAAGAUAAAUAGUGCGGUGUCUGAGCUUCCCGUGUCAGCUGCAUUUCAGGCACUAAUGAAAAACAAAGAAGCUGGUGCAGUGGCAGCAUUUGAUCGUGUACCAUUUUCGUAUGUUUCAGCAAAUUUUACUUUCAACAGUGACAACUGUGUUGCCGAUUUGUAUGGUAUUAGAGCCAGUCUUGUGGAUGGAGGAGAAAUUCGAGGUGCAGGAAAUGCAUGGAUUUGCCCAGAGGGAGAAAUGGAUGACACAGCAUUUGACGUGAACUUCUCAGGAAACUUGUGUUUUGAUAAUAUUGUACGACGAUAUUUACCAGGGUCUUUACCUACAGUUCCAUUCAGGCUGGGAGAAUUAAAUGGAGAAACAAAAGUCUCAGGAUCCCUUCUAAAACCGAGAUUUGAUAUUAAAUGGACAGCACCAAAAGCUGAAGGGUCAUUUGCUGAUGCCCGAGGGGACAUAAUUAUUUCACCCGAUCAUAUAACUGUUGUUUCUUCAUCAAUUGCUUUUGACUUAUCGACAAAAGUUAUGACAUCCUACCCUGAUGAUUACUGGUUGAACAAGGAAGAACAUGAUAUGAAGUCUUCCAUACCAUUAACUGUUGAAGGAGUUGAACUUGAUUUACGAAUGCGUGGUUUUGAAUUUUUUAGUUUGGGUUCUAGUUACCCUUUUGAUUCUCUAAGGCCUAUCCAUUUGAAAGGGACAGGAAGGAUCAAAUUCCAAGGCAAUGUUGUGAAGCCUUCUGUCUCUCUUUAUGACCAGUCCUAUAAAUUUGGGGAAAACGCGGAGGAUCAGGAAAUAAAAACCAAUGGAUCUGUAAAUGUUCUUGUUGGUGAGGUUUCUAUUGUGGGUCUUAAAUUGAAUCAGUUGAUGUUGGCACCUCAGUUAGUUGGAGUAUUGAGCAUCUCACGCGAACGUAUCAAGUUGGAUGCCUCUGGAAGGCCAGAUGAAAGUCUGGCUGUGGAGGUUGUGGGACCAUUUCAACAUAAUAUUGAAGAUAAUUUAAAAGACAAGACAUUGUCUUUCUCUCUUCAGAAGGGGCAGCUGAAAGCUAAUGCUUGUUACAGAUCAUUACAUUCUGCUAAUCUGGAGAUACGCCACUUGCCGCUUGAUGAACUGGAGCUUGCUUCACUUCGUGGAACCAUGCAAAGGGCAGAAUUUCAAUUGAACUUUCAGAAAAGAAGGGGUCAUGGAGUGUUGUCUGUGCUGAAGCCAAAAUUCAGAGGUGUAUUGGGAGAAGCUUUAGAUUUAGUUGCCAAAUGGAGUGGAGACGUUAUAACAGUUGAGAAAGCUAUAUUGGAGCAAUCCAAUAGUCAGUAUGAGCUUCAAGGUGAAUAUGUAUUACCUGGCACCCGAGAUCGUAACCCAGCCAUCAAAGAGAAAGGUAGCCUGUUUGAAAGAGCAAUGGCAGGGCAUUUAGGUAAUAUGAUAGCUUCAGUGGGAAGAUGGAGAAUGAGACUCAUAGUUCCUCGAGCAGAGAUAGCUGAGAUGCUUCCACUUGCAAGGCUUCUCUCUCGGAAUAAUGACCCUGCGGUCCAGUCUAGAUCAAAGGCUCACUUUAUACAAAAUCUACAAAAUGCGGGUGUAUAUGCCGAGAGCCUUCACACCUUGCUUGAGGAAAUCCGAGAGCAUUGCACAGCCUUGAACGAUGUUAUUCUUGAGGACUUGAGUCUUCCAGGGUUAUCAGAACUUAAGGGACGCUGGAAUGGGAAUUUUGAUGCUAGUGGUGGAGGCAAUGGAGACACUAUGGCAGAGUUUGACUUCCAUGGUGACGAAUGGGAAUGGGGAACUUAUAAAACUCAACGCCUUUUAGCCAGUGGUGCAUAUAGCAAUAAUGAUGGUUUACGUCUAGACAAGAUGUUUAUACAAAAAGAUAAUGCUACUGUUCACGCAGAUGGGACCCUGUCUGGGCCAAAAAGAAAUCUUCAUUUUGCUGUGCUUAAUUUUCCUAUCAAUCUAGUCCCUACACUUGUUCAGGUUGUCGAAUCUUCAGCACUUGAAAUGGUCCAUUCAUUGAGGGAACUAUUAAAUCCAAUACGAGGUAUACUUCAUAUGGAAGGGGAUCUAAGGGGGAGUCUUAUUAGACCUGAAUGUGAUGUACAAGUCAGGCUUUUGGAUGGUUCUAUUGGGGGAAUCGAUCUUGGGAGAGCUGAAGUUGUUGCUUCCUUAACUUCCACCAGCCGUUUCUUGUUCAAUGCAAAAUUUGAACCUGCAAUCCAGAAUGGCCAUGUACAUGUUCAAGGCAGUGUUCCUGUAAGCUUGGUUCAAACUAACGUUUUAGAGGAAGAAAAGAUAGAACGAGAAAACAAUGAGGCAGCCUGGAUCACUGGUUGGUCUAAGGACAAGAGCCUAGAAUCUGAAAAUGAAGUAACUGAUAAGAAAACUUUGAGAGAUAGAAAUGAAGAAGGAUGGGAUACUCAAAUGGCUGAAACUCUCAAAGGUUUGAACUGGAAUAUAUUGGAUGUAGGAGAGGUUAGGGUUGAUGCUGAUAUAAAAGAUGGUGGUAUGAUGCUAUUAACUGCUUUGUCCCCAUAUGCCAACUGGCUUCAAGGCAAUGCUGAUGUCAUGCUUCAGGUCAGAGGUACUGUUGAUCAACCAGUGAUUGAUGGAUCUGCAUAUUUCCACAGAGCCAUUGUAUCUUCACCUGUACUACGUAAACCACUUACAAACUUAGGUGGGACUAUUCAUGUUAAUUCCAACCGAUUAUGUAUUGCUUCAUUGGAAAGCAGAGUAAGCAGGAAGGGAAAGCUUUCAGUGAAAGGAGACCUGCCUCUGAGGACAAGUGAGGCUUCUCUAGGUGAUAAAGUAGACUUAAAAUGUGAAGCCCUGGAAGUACGGGCAAAGAACAUUCUUGGCGGUCAAGUUGACACUCAGUUGCAAAUAACGGGCUCAAUUCUGCAACCAAAUAUUACUGGGAAUAUCAAAUUGAGCCAUGGAGAAGCAUAUAUACCUCAUGAUAAGGGAAGUGGAACUGUCCCUUUAAAUAAAAUGCCAUCAAAUCAACCAAGACUUUCAAGUGGUGGUUACAACCGUCUGGUUGGUUCAAAGUAUGUUUCAAGGUUUUUUAGUUUCAAGCCCGCUGCUUCAGAAAACCGUCCUGACCGGUCAUCAGGAAAACAGAAAGAGGUUGAGAAGGAAAAUGUGCAAGUCGACACAAAGCCACAUUCAGAUAUCCGCCUGAACGAUUUAAGACUGGUAUUGGGGCCAGAGUUGAGGAUCGUUUAUCCUUUGAUUCUCAACUUUGCUGUUAGUGGAGAGCUAGAGUUAAAUGGGAUAGCUCAUCCCAAGAUGAUAAAACCAAAAGGCAUUCUAGCAUUUGAGAACGGUGAUAUAAAUCUUGUUGCUACUCAGGUAAGACUGAGAAGGGAACACCUAAACGUUGCUAGAUUUGAACCUGAUUAUGGGUUAGAUCCAAUGCUUGACUUAGCACUUGUGGGAUCAGAGUGGCAAUUCAGGAUUCAAAGCCGAGCUAGUAACUGGCAAGAUAAGUUAGUUGUCACUUCAACACGCUCGGUUGAGCAGGAUGUCCUGUCUCCUACAGAGGCUGCAAGAGUGUUUGAAAGCCAAUUAUCAGAGUCCAUUUUAGAAGGUGAUGGGCAGCUUGCGUUUAAGAAGCUAGCUACAGCAACGCUAGAGACUUUGAUGCCACGGAUAGAAGGGAAAGGGGAAUUUGGUCAAGCUCGAUGGAGGCUAGUUUAUGCUCCUCAAAUUCCCAGCUUGCUUUCUGUAGAUCCAACAGCUGAUCCACUCAAGUCUUUAGCUAACAAUAUCUCGUUUGGUACAGAAGUGGAAGUCCAACUUGGUAGACGGUUGCAGGCAUCUGUUGUGAGGCAGAUGAAGGAUUCAGAGAUGGCGAUGCAAUGGACAUUAAUUUACCAACUUACAAGCAGACUGCGAUUACUGCUACAAUCAGCACCUUCCAAACGCCUCAUUUUUGAAUACUCAACCACCUCACGAGAUUGACAUGAAACCCCCCUCCCCCUUCCACCCAUGUUUUUCUCCUAGAAAUUUAGGAAAAAGGAUGUACAAAUCCCAUCAUUCUUUGAAUCUUUGCUCAAAGUCACUUGAGCCUGUUAAUAUAAACUUAUAUAUAUAUAUUUUCUUUUAUAUUGCUUAUUA